UUUUUUUAUUUCUGGUUGAUCUUUAAAAGUUCAUUCAAAUAUAUAUGUAGUUGAAAAUUAUUGCUAUCGGAUGAAUAAAUUGCAACACUUGAUAUUUUAAAAUGGAUGAUUUGAGACGAGCAUCAGUACUGUCGAAUUCCAGCUCAGUGUCUAUUCCAAAUGAAAAACGACAUAUUAACAACUAUACGACGAAUGAAGAAUCCUGUAAACGGCUAAAACUUCAGAUAAAAUCAUUGAAAGAUGAAAAUGAUCAACUAUCUAAGGAACUGACCAGAUUUCGUGAUAGAGCGCUGAAUUUUGAAGAUGAUAGGGUUGCUAUGACAACAGCCUUCAACAAGGAAAAUGCAGACAACAUAUCUCAGAUUGCAAGGCUUCAGUCUCAGCUGGAAAAAGGCGAAGCUACUCGACAAGCACUUGAAUUUGAUUUGGCGGUUGUGAAAAAGAAGUCUAAUGAUGUUUUGAGAGCCACAACACAAAGAGAAUCAUCACUUACACAUGACAAUAAAUCACUGGCAGCUGAAAAGUCAGCUCUUGAAGUGAAAAUAGAAGAUUUAGAGAAAGCUUUACAAAUUGCACGAAGAGUAACAAUGGAAGAUGAGAAAAGAAUUGCAUUUUUAAUGGAUGAGAAGAAACAAGUUGAGUCUGACAAACUUGCAUCCGAAGCAGUUUUGAGAAGUCAUCAUGAUAAAUUAGUCGGAGACAAACAGAUCAACAAUGCACAGAUUGAAGAGCUAAAAAAGAAAGUUAAAGAUUUGGAAAAGAGUUUGAUCAGACAAGAAGAUGAAUUAAGAAAGAAAAUCACUGAUGUCCAGGUUUUAAGUGAAAGGGAACAACACGCUCAUUCUGAACUUCACAAUCUCAACCUUCGAUGUCAUGCAUUAGAAGAAAGUGUUGAAGCAGAGAGAGCAGCUCAUCUUGAAUCAAAAUUUAAUGCUGAAAUAAUACAGUUGAAACAUCAAGAAACUGAGACUGCACUUUCAAAUGAAAAAGAACUGAACAGUAAACUGAAGCAGGAGUUUGAAAUCGCUACAAAAAAAUCUAACGAACUGGAAUCAGAAGUACAAACAACAAAAGAAAGCGCGAAUGAAGCUGACCAGAAAUUGGAAAAAACAAUGCAGGUCUAUAGUGAUGUAAGAAAACAACUUGAAAAUGAACUGUCUGAGAAAACUAAGAAAUUAACUGAACUUUCUGCUCAAUUAACAAAACAACAAGAAAACUUUGAAUCGCUGAAAGAAGAAUUGAAUAAAACAAGGAAACGACAGAUUUACCUAGAAGAAACGUACAGUGGAAAUAUGAGAGAAGUUGAAAUGUUAUUGGCUACUUAUUGUAAUGAAUCAUUAACAAAACCAACUAUACCAAAGAAGAAUGAUAAAAACAAGUCUGUGACACCUGACCCUAAAAUAGUGUUGGAAAAGUUGAGAAAAUGCUUACUUGCAUUGAAAAAAGAUAUUGAUGAUUUACAUAGAGAUCUACUUUCCAGUAAAUCAUCAGAAGAACAAAUGCAAAAGGAUUGUAAUAUCUUCAGAGAUCGUGCACUAACAAGGGAAAAAGAUUUGCAACAAUCACAGCAUGAAAUAAUGAGUUGUAGAGCAGAACUCGACAGUAUACGGACAAAACAAUCUGAUUAUGACAGAGAAUGUGAUAGAAUGAGGAGAGAUCUUGCUGAAGUUACUGGAGAAUUAGAACAACAAACACACAGAUGCAAACAAUUAGAAGAAAAUGCAAGUGGUCUUAUGGAUCGUCAUAAAACAGAAAUGGAAGCACAUAUGUCUUAUUUACGUGAACUUCAUCACGCACUUGGACCACAUGCAAGAGGAAUCACAUCAUUGACAAAAUUCACGUGGGCUGAGUUUUCUGUGGGAGUAAGAGAAGGAAUUGACUCUGUGUUGAGUAGUCUUAGCAGAUACAAAGAAAAGAACGUACAGCAAGAGACUUCUGUAAAUCAACUGGAACGAACGUUAGGAGAAAUGCAACGAGAACAUGAAGCAUCUGUUGAUAGAUUGGCUAAACAAUGUCGUGAGAGAGAAGACGAAGCACAAAAACAAAGAAAACAAUUGGAAGAUCAUUACAAUGCAUUGCUGGAAGAAAUGCAAUCAAGAGCUCAGAAAUCACAAGGUUUAUGCGACGAGGCAUGGGAACGUAUCAGAGCUGGUGAUGGAGUCAGUGAUGCAUUGCAUGCGGAGUGUUCACAACUAAGAGGUGAAAAUGGAAAUCUGCAGCAAGAACGUAAUGCACUCACAUGUGCUUGCUCAUUAUUACUUGGAUCUUUAUACCCUGCAUUGAGAGCACGAGAUGAUCUGGCGAGGCAGCGUGAUUUAUUGAUGAGAAUUAAUAAUGAUUCACUUAUUUUUAAGAAUCAGCUGAGAAUAUUAGUUGAAACAUUAUCUGAAGAAUUAAGAAAACCAGAUCAAGAAGAACCAACCCCUACUGCAGCUUCUAGUUUUAGAAAAAUACAUCCAUUGAUCAGGUUUCGAGUUGCCGCUGUCACUGUGCUUGCUGCAAACAGACUUCGUAUUUUUGCUCAACAAUCUAAUGUUACAAUGUUUACGUGCGAUGAAUCAUCUGCAAGUUCUAAUCGUGUGUUGGUUGUUGCUGGUAAAUCUUCCAAAUCAUCUAAAACAGAUGUUGCACCUGAAGAAUCGCAGUCUGACAGUGCAAUGCAAUGGCUUUGUGAUCAACGAACUGUGCAUGUUGUCAGAGAUACCAUGUGUGGAUUGGUUGAUGCGCUUGAUAAAAAAACUGGGAAUAGAAAAGGUUACAUGUCGAGAGCAAUUGUGAAAACAGCUAAGAAUUCAUUUUUGAAUAUUUUACGUUCCACGCAUCCAAUGUUUUCUUCGCUCGUGUAUACAACAAAUAAUGUUGUCAGGGAACGUACUUCACUCAUCUGCGUUAUAUCUGAAGGAUUAGAAAGAAUUGUCAUCAAAUGUAAAUUGCAGGAACCAAUCAAAUUAUAUUCUGCUGAGAACUCACUGGCUAUACUUCAACGUCAUUUACUCAAUUUCACUGAGAGACUCCAUGCAACUGAGGUUGAAAAAAGAAAUCUAAGAAGUAAUGAAACAAAACUCAAAUCACACAUCCAGCAUCUUACAAAGAAUAAAACUGAUUUAGAAAUUGCAACUGAUGAAAUCAAAUUGUUACGAGAUCGUGAAAAUCAUCUGGUUUCAAGAAAGCGAUUCGACGGUGUUUGCUCUGAAUUAAAUGCUGCUCUUGAACGUGAACAGCAAGCUCAAAAACUUCUGCAUGAACAGAAUACAAAAUUACAGGAGUUGAGUGCUAAACUUGAUGAACAAUGGACAGAAGGAACUGAAAAAGAGAAUACAUUGUCUCAUGCAGUAUCGAGCCUAAAUGAAGUAAAAAUGGAGUUGAAAAGAUGUACACAAAGUAAGAGACUGUUAACAAAACAAGUCAUGAUGCUUGAACAGGAACGGGAUAAUCUUGGUAAUAAAAUGUCUGAUGCCAAAGAAGCGUUGAAGAAAGCUGCUCGUGAGAAAGAUUCUCUUGCAACCUAUUUUCGAUCUGUUGAAAAUUUAUUGAAGAAAACGUCUGAUAAUCCAGCGGAGCUUGUCGAUUCAAAACUACCAGGAAAUAUCUCAAAAGACCAUGCUGGACCAGACGUCAUUGCUGCUCAGCGAGCUGUUCAAUCAUUUGUACGUGUACAAUCCAGUGCAGUAUCACGAAUAACAUCUCUUGAAGAUCAGAUCGCAUCUUACAGAUCCCACAUUAAUGCUUUGAAACAAGAACUUCAUGAUGCUUGUAAAAGAGAAAAUGGAUAUGUUACUUUGUCGGAUGUAAAUUCUCAUAUUCCAACAAGAGAUACUUCAGUGCAUAUGAUGAAUGGGAGAAACAAUAUGAUGGAUUGUUCAACACCAAAAGAUGGCGAUUUCAGACCAUUGAAAGGAGUCAUUGCGGAUGAAUCUUCUUACAGCUUACCUCAGAUUAAUAUGAAUGGAGAAAAAUAGGUUGCAAAUAAAUACUCUCAAAGAUUAAUCGUUUGAAGUAUAUAAUAUACUGUAUAAUAGAUUCUUUGAUAAUAGUUGUGUAAGACCCACAAAGUAUUACAUAUUUAUAUUUUGUUUUCCAUUAUUUAUACUUAGAGAGAUGUGUCAUGCCUUUAUUCAACUAAUAUUCAUUAAAAGAUCGGUAGUAGAGCAUAUUUGUGGAUAGGAUAGAUAUUUAUACUUGAAUGUUAUUCAAAUGUUUACACACAGAAAAGUGCCGUGUGUGAAUUGAAAUGUAUCAUGCAUCUAGCGAAUGCUUGGAUGCUAAUAGUUUUGGGCUCAUGCGAAUCUUUUUCUUUCCGAAUGCAUUCAGUUAAUCAGGAACGGAAGCUACGACAAAACAUAACUGUGUGUUAGGGAACCAAGUAGCAUAUUAUUAUUAUUUUUAGUUAGCUGCUGUGAAUAUUUUGAUGCUGGAUGAAUCUAUUCGCAAUCUAACUUUUUUAUAUCCUUGACAUUUUAUGUAUCAAAUAAUAUAUUGUUGCUUUAGUUUAGAUUAAAGUUUAUAUUUGCAGUAAAAGAUUUUCUUACA